UUUGUGGUCUACUGUGUACAUUAUUGGUCAAAUAUUUAGACAUUCUUCACUCAAGGUAUCAAGAUUGCCUGAAAUUAUCAAAUGAUGGACAUUACCACUGUAAUCAUAGAUAGCGGCUCUGGGUUCUGCAAAUCUGGGUUAGUUGGAGACAGCUUCCCAGCCUCAGUCAUACCAUCCGUUGUGGGUACCUCCAAAGCCAAAGGAUGUACGCGAGAGGCUGGCCACGCAGAAUAUUAUUUUGGGAAAAAAGCUCAAGAUAAAAGAGAAUUCUUGUCCUUAAGGUACCCAAUUGAACGUGGCAUAAUAACCUCCUGGGAGGAUAUGGAGAAGCUUUGGAGACACGUUUAUUCAUUUGAGCUUCAUAUCAAAUCAAAAGAAAGACCAGUUUUGAUGACUGCAGCUCCGCUGACUCCUUUCCGUAAUAGAGAAAAGAUGGCCGAGAUCAUGUUUGAGGGUUUUAACGUACCUGCUAUGUACAUAGCUAUCCCUGGAACUUUGGCACUCUAUGCAUCGGGACGCACUAGAGGAAUAGUCCUAGACAGUGGUUCUGGAAUAACUGAUGCUGUACCCAUUUAUGAGGGCUACUACCUCCCUGACGCCGUUAAAAGACUUAAAUUGGCUGGGAAUGAUAUCACUGAACAUGUAAGGAGACUCUUGUUGGAAAAUGGACACAACUUUUCAACUACAAUACAUAAAGAAAUAUUUGAGAACAUCAAGGAAACACUUUGCUAUAUUGCUCUCGAUCCAAAGGUAGAAAAUAAGAAGAACGUAGAAGAUAUUCAACAGGAGUACACGCUCCCUGAUGGAAAUGUGACCAUGAUCCAAAAGGAGCUCUUUAGAGCUCCAGAAUCACUUUUUACACCAGUCAACAUGGGUUUAGAAGAACCUGGAAUUCACAAACUGAUCUGCAAUAGUAUUUUAAAAUUUGAUAAAGUCUUACGCAGAGAUUUAUUUAGCAACAUAUUACUCUCUGGUGGUUGCACUCUUUUUCCAGGUCUGGAAGAAAGGCUGCUGAAGGAGAUCAAAUUGCAAACCCCCAGUGGAGUACAAGUGAAAGUCAUCGCACCACCAAACAGGAACUAUUCUGUUUGGAUGGGAGCCUCAAUCUUAACCAGUCUGACAGCGUUUAAGGAUAUGUGGGUCACUGCUAAUGAUUACCGAGAAUGUGGACCAGCUAUCAUUAACAAAAGGUGCUUUUAG